AUGGUUGAUGAAAAUGACAUAGAAGCACGAGCCGCUGCUGAGAAUUAUGUCAAAUCCAUGGUCGAAUUCCUCAACAUGGCAUUGAUGGAGGCGUCAUUUCCGAUUCUGAAUAACCCUCAUGACGAUCAACUUGUCUUUCGAGUCAGCAAAAUCGAGACAGCCUGUCGCUUCAACAAGGACCAUGUCGGAAACGGUGCCUAUUGCGAAUGCUUGGAGAGAGACGAUGCCACCAAGGAGUUCAACACGAACAGGAUGACUGAACUUCACAACACCGCUGCGGCCAUGCGGCGGAUUGUUUCCCACGCAUACUGGUUCCCUUGGCGAGGGGCACGAAUUGCUUCCAUCGGCCGGAUAUUCCUAAAAUUCUGGCAUUUCGACACGAACGUUAUGCGUGCCAGCUUCUCCCAAGACCUACGCCGAUUAUUUGACAAACUCGUCAUUCACACUUACGAGGCCAUCGUACAAAGGGGUUCCGGUAGAUUUCGGAGUGGUGCGUACGCAGGCGGAAUGCUCACCAGCCCUGGCCACUACAAGCAUACCGAGUAUAUCAUCCUACGCAACACGUCCAUGAGGUUGAAAGACGAGUUCUACAGACAGGGCCUCCUCGAGAGCGUCGUCGCGCCGCUUACGAAGGCGGAGCUUCAGGAACUGGACCUGGCCGACACGGACUGUUUUGUCUGCAUGGAGCCGCUGGGGACCGGGCAGGAUCCGCACGCGGCUGUGCGGUUUAAAUGCGCCGCGGAAAAGCACGUGGUGGGAAAGAACUGCUGGAUGAAGUCUCUUCGCCGCAUGCGAUCAAAAUACAACUCGAGGGAGUUGAAGUGUCCCUUGUGCUCGGACUGCGUGCUGAGUGACUGGAAGACGCCGUUCAAUAACAACCAUCUUUGGGCUUGGGAUGUCGUCCGGAGUACCCUGCCGCAGUUGGCCCAAGAAAUGGGUGAUGCAGGGUACGCUGAGCUUUAGAAUAGAACAUGAGUUGUGGUUGUCGGUGUUAAUCAUGAGGGAUAUUGGUUGGGACAUGUCAUGGCAAAAUUCUGAUUCCCAUAAGAUGUGUGUAGAAUAGUCCCCCGGAAGCUAGGCAUCGGAUCGCUCGUUUACUAUAUCACCACUUCAUCAAUGACUUCAACCUGUUUCCUCACCUUUUCGUUCCUUGGUAGAUUUGAUUCAUUCUCGUGAGCUCCCACCACAUAUGCGAUCAGGUGUCCGAAUGGCUCGUGGCACGCAAUACGACAAGAC